UUCUCAGUCUCAUUCUCAAUCCAAAUCAUGCUCCGCAGCGCCUUCCGAUCAUCCUUUGCCGCACUCAGCAAGCACGCUGGUCCUGUUGGCAGCGCCCCUGCAUCUGCGCCCGCCGCAGCCACGGCGUCCAACCCAGAUCUGCUCGACCGAUUGCAGCAGGCGAUGAAGUUCAUUGCCGAUCCUGCAAACCCGGGCUUUGACUCGAAUCUUCACGGACUCGAAAUCACGCACGCUGAGGAAGGUCGAGUUGUCUGCCUGUUCAAGCUCACCGAGCACCACACUAAUCGCAUGGGAAACCUGCACGGCGGUCUGAGCGCCACAAUCGUCGAUAUUGUCACCACUCUGGCAUGCGUCAGCAAGACCAACCAUCCGGGUGUGAGCACCGACCUGAAUGUUACCUACCUCAACCCCGCCACGGUUGGCGACACCAUUCGCAUCGAGGCGUCCGUCAUCAAGGCUGGCGGUCGCCUUGCCUUCACGGCCGCCGACAUUCUCCGCAAUCACGACAAUGUCAUUGUUGCCCACGGCCGACACACCAAGUACAUGGCUGGAGGUGCCCACAAGAAGGCAUAAGGUGCAUUUGUUGCUUCAAGAAGCGCAUGUGUGUGCAACUACUCGGUGCUCGGCUGUCUGGGCAGUUAAAACAAUGUUCAAUGGAAACAUUACAAAAGCAAAC